CUGCGCGGUUAGAAUGUAAACACGUUAAAGAUUCACGUCGGACGUCCCACGAGUUGGACCUCUGUUUGCAGACCUCAUUACUACUACCGACCACCCGGCAAACAGGUUAGACAACUAUGAGCAAAGAAACCCAAAUGAGGGCUGCUGUAAAUCAAAAGUUAGUUGAAAUGGGAGAAAGAGAGCGGUUGAAAGAGUUACUAAGAGCCAAGCUCGUUGAGUGUGGCUGGAGGGAUGAGCUAAAGGCACACUGCAAAGAUGUCAUAAAAGGAAAGGGUUUAGAACAUGUGACAGUUGAAGAUCUGGUGACAGAAGUCACACCGAAAGGAAGAGCCCUGGUGCCAGACAGUGUCAAGAAAGAACUCCUUCAGAGAAUAUGUGCAUUUUUGGCACAGCAAUCUACUUUGUAAAGAAGUGUUUGUCAUGUUUUUUUAAGAAGCACUAAGUAGUUUGUUUACCUUAUAACAAUGGCUUAAAACUCAUUUGAAUGGUACAGUGACUUAUAAAAGGGGAGUUACGGUUUCUGCAUUGUCAAUGCCAAUGUGUGCCCAGAGUGCCUGGUAUUACAUUAUGUAACUUGUACCGUGUAGGUGCAUGACCAUUUUCGUCACUAGUCAAUAAACUUCUUUGCAUGACUGGAAUUAUCAAUUUCCAGGGAUCAAUGAAAGUAUAUUGGACUUCCCUGCACAUUGAUUUAAGUCUUUUGGACUGCCCUGCACCAAUAUGUAUCUUAAAUGUUAAAUAGUUGUGGAUGUACAAAGAUACAAGACUUUUUUUGUUAAGGUAUUACUUUUUAAUUAUUUUGUUUGUUGAAAUGUGGGGGGAUUAAAAUGCAUUGUACAGAGUGUUUUCCCCAAGUAGUUUGAUAUUAAAUCUUGUA